GAACGAUACGAUUGAAAUUGGAUUACGAUCAGUGUGAACGCAACUGUAAGAUUCAAAAAAAGAACCGCAACAAAUGCCAGUGCUGUCGUUUUCAGAAGUGCCUUGCUGUGGGAAUGUCACACAAUGCUAUCCGUUUUGGUAGAAUGCCUCAAUCUGAAAAGGAGAAAUUAAAAGCAGAGAUUCUAACUCUAGAGCAAGACGUACAGAAUUCACAGAUGGCUGACCUAAAAUGUCUUGCAAAACACAUGUAUGAGUCUUACCUGAAGAAUUUUAACAUGAACAAGUCCAAAGCUAGAGCCAUUUUGACAGGAAAAGCUAAUAUCCCACCAUUUGUCAUUCAUGAUAUGGAAACAUUACGUCUAGCAGAAGAGAACCUAGUAUCAAAACAAGCAGUAAACGGCAUCCAGAACAAAGAAGCUGAAGUCAGAAUCUUUCAACGCUGCCAGUGUACGUCUGUGGAAACAGUAAGAGAACUGACAGAAUUUGCCAAAUGUAUCCCUGAAUUUAUAAACCUUGACCUCAAUGAUCAAGUGACCCUGUUAAAAUAUGGAGUUUAUGAAGCCAUAUUUGCCAUGUUGGCAUCCAUUAUGAACAAAGAUGGGCUGCUGGUAGCUUAUGGGAACGGCUUUAUGACCCGAGAGUUCUUAAAAAGUCUGCGGAAACCUUUUAAUGAGAUAAUGGAACCCAAGUUUGAGUUUGCCAUGAAGUUCAAUGCACUAGAGUUGGAUGAUAGUGAUUUGGCUCUCUUUGUGGCCGCCAUCAUUCUUUCUGGAGGAAAAGUGGAUAUCCCAGUUACGCCUGUACUAUCAACAACAAUAUCAGAGAUGAAGCUAAGAAUUUGUCUUGUCAGUGACAUUGACCCAGACUUUCCUUUACCAAUAGUGAUAAACACGCUACAGCUCUCGAUAGCAAUGGUACCGUAACUUCUGGGGGUGUCACUUUGGCCAAAACCCAUGAAUUGUGAUGCAUCUUUAUCAGCUCUAGAGAAAUCCAUGCUUCUGGUCCCUCUAUUCUGAUGCUUAAAAUGGCAGGGACCAUCAGUGCAAGAAUCUUACAUGUUCGCCCACAAUUUGAACAAAUUUACACGUAGAAAGUUGGGUGGCUUGGUGAUCACAGGGAUAGUCAGCAAAGAAGGACAAUAAAUUUAAAACACAUACUUGGAUGGCUUUGAGAUAGCAAGAACUGCAGGUGCUGGAGUCAGAGACAACACCAUGUGGAUCUGGAGGAACACAGCAGGCAGCAUCAGAGGAGCAGGAACGUUGGAUGGCUUUUGUUUAUUUUAGGGAUGGUAAUAUGUUAGGCAGCGUAGUAUUGAUGAAGAUUUUAACAAUAAAAUCACAGUUCUUCCUCAAGAUUUACUACCACAAAUGAAAGAAUCAUAAAAAUAAAAACUAGUUCCCUGGCUUCUCUUGCACAUGACAAUUCCUCUUGUGUUCACGUCUGGUUCUCAGUUCUAUUGAUGUGUUGAGGAGGUGAGGAGGAGCUGGGCUGACCACCAAAGAGUUGUUUUUCCACCAGCAUACUGCCUACCUUUGGGACUGGAAGAUUCCACUCAGUAUGUGGAAUGUGUGAGUUGGGGAGGGGGGUGGAUGCAUACUUUGCAUGACAUGCGUGUGCACCCCGCCAUAUGCACACGCGCGUUCAGGCACACAUUCGCCAACACUCAUGACGAUAUGUUGUCAGCAGCGGCCACCUGAGCACCACCAGAGGUGAAUGCAAGUUAAACCUAACUCCACUCCUUGGCCUCGGUCCCCUGCCCUUCCCCAGUGACAUGGUUUGGGAUCCAGUCUCCCUCUUGCACUACUUUGUCAGUGAUGAGACAAAAAGUCAUUUAUUAGUAAGCUUUGCUGUUUGGCAGUUUUAAUGAUCAUACUUAAGUGCUCAUUUGUAUCUGUUAUUCAUCUUUUAGAAUUAUUAAUUUAUUGCUUUGACUUUCUUCUAUUAAGGUUGUUUACUUUAUAUUUUUAGCAUUUUUUGAAAUUCAUGUUUAAUGUUUCACCAAACUAGAUCUAAUGCUACUGCUGUUGGGUUUCUUACUGAAGGGGAAUAAGAGGUUCUGAAGAAGCCUUGAUUGCUUUUUUGAGGGCUAUCACAAUGCGUUAUUUUUAAUCCAGUAGUAAUGGGAAAUGUGCAAAAUGCUCAGCGCACCUGGUGGCAUCUGUAUAGAGAGAAACACAGAUGCAGAAAGACCUUUCUUCACAACUAGUACAGAUUGUGGACCUAAAAUAUUGCUUAUCUUUCUUUCUCCAUAGAUGCUGUACGGCCUGCUGAGUAUUUCCAGCAAUUUUGUUCUACAUCUCAGAUUUCCACAAUCAGCAAUACUUUGCUGUCCUAUUUCAUCUGCCUUGCUGGGCAUUUGCAAGCGUAGUUAGUUUCUACUUAAAAUGAAGAAAAAGUCAUCAUUCAAAGCAAAGUGUAAUUUGGAUGCUGCUGUCCAGAUACUACAUUAUGUCAGUUCAAAGAAAUAGAGCUGGUUGGAUAUUAUGAAUCAAGUUGUGCAUAAAUGUUUGACAAAGCAAUGGUUGUAAACUGUACAAUUCCAAAAUCUGAGCUUUUGAUGGGCUUUGUACAUAGAGGCAUAGAGUACAAAAACUGAAGUUUUGUUGAACCUAUAUAAAACACUUUGGCAUUGCUGUGACUAUUGUUCCUAAUUCUGGACACUUAAAAAUGCAAGUGGGAAGGCUGCAGGAGUGAGUGUGUGGUAAGGGGCCCAGAAACAGGAGAAGCACCAAAGCUAAUUAUUUCACUCCCUCACUCUGGGCUGGCUGGUGACGUACCCAAACUGAACCAGCCUGAAAUUUGAAACACAAACAAAUCAGCCGUGAUCUUACUCAAUGGCAACCUGUAACUAGUGAAAU